UUCACUGAUCGUUAAAUCUCUCGUAGUACACCUGAUGCGAACAUGGUUACUUUUAAACAUUUAUUUCCUUGUAUUUUCCUUUUAAUAUAUGUCACAUCGUCUGCUUAUGGCUUUAUCGAGGGGCUCUACUGUGGAACAGAGAACUGUUAUGACGUACUGGGGGUCUACAGGGAAUCUUCAAAGUCUGACAUUGCAAAAGCAUACAGAAAACUUGCCAGAAAGUACCAUCCUGAUAGAUACAAGGGUGAAGAUGCUGAAACCAAAUUUCAACUUAUUGCAACAGCAUAUGAGGUUUUGAAGGAUGAUGAACAGAGAGCAGACUAUGACUACAUGGUGGACAAUCCAGAGGAGACCUAUGGUCAUUAUUAUCGAUACUACAGAAGACAGGUGGCUCCUAAAGUGGAUGUGAGAGUCGUUAUAGCUGCUUCAAUCACAGUUGUCUCAUUGUUGCAGUAUCUCCAUGGAUGGUCCCGCUACAAUGAAGCUGUCAAAUAUGCCUUAACCAUGCCCAAAUACAGAAACAAGGCGAUGCAAAGAGCAAGAGAAGAGGGUCUUCUGAACAACUUGAAAAAAGGCAAGAAAUCCAAGGAAGAACUAAGAGAAGAAGAGGAGUCAAUUCUUAGGGGGGUAGUGGAGAAUUCUUUGGACAUAAGGGGAGGCCACAGCAAGCCCAGAAUAGCUGAUGUUCUGUGGAUAAGAAUUAUACUUCUCCCGUACACAAUUUUGAGUUACUUUGCCUGGCUGAUACACUGGCAUUGGAAGUUUAACAUCUUGCGAAAGGAGUAUGGGGACAACGAAAAGGCAUACCUCAUUAGGAAAAAGUUGGGAGUAACCUCUGUCCAAUGGGAUGCGAUGGAGCCAGUGCAGAAAGACGUUCUCUUUUCAAGACAGUUGUGGAUUGACGCAAACUUUCGGGAAUUUAAAAAAGAACAAGAAGAGGAAAUGAGGGUGAAACUUGCUCAAAGCAACAAAUACAAAGCGUACAGACGCUACAUGAAGAAAGGCGGCCCCGGGCAGAUGACGUUUAUCGAAGAUGAUUAGAUAGAUAUUGUACAGCGUAAAAUGGACACAGAUGAUGUAAUUUGCUUAUUUAAUAAUGGCAGAGAUUGUUUGUUGAUGUUAGUUACACGUUAGUUUGCUCGGGUAGGUACUUCUCUGUAAAACCUCAAGCAAAUUAAGUGCGUGAAAUGACACAAUAAAAAAUAAAUUUUGCUGUUUUACACUGA